GGUAGUACAGUGAUUUUUUUUUGCAAGUGGAGUGACAAUUGCAGUUUGCGUUUGAGAAAAAGUGCUUUUUUGUGUAGAAUUAGCAAUUUUUUGACCCUGAAUGUGCUACCACAAGCGCCAAUGGCCACUGCUGUUGACGCCGUGGGUGAACGCGAAGAGGGAGAGAUUGUAGAAAGCACUGAAUAUGAGGAUAUAUCGUCGGAUGAAGAGUUCACGUUGCGCCUGAGAAUUGAGGAGCUCGAGGCGAGAAAUUUCGAACUUGAGCAAAUUGCUAAUAUCUCAGGCCUUGCCACGAAUCCAUAUGAAUUGAGUACAGGGAGGGAACGCGUGGGGAAGGAGAAUCUGCAGAAAUUCCGCAGCAGAUCGGAUGAGGAGUUGAGGACACCAAAGAAAGUUCGUCGGCCAGUGACAAGGGCCACUCAUACUCAUCCUGUGUCACGGCGGAGACGCCUGCAGAAGGCCCAGAAGACACGGAAGAGGAAAAAGCGUCGGCUAUCGCAAUCGAGCAGCGAGAAUGAUUGCAAAUUGGACAGAGAUGAGCUCAGGGCAGCUCUCAAUCGGUCAAUUGAUUCGCGUUUUGAUGUGAUUGAGGUGCCAGUGGAGAUUCCCGUGAUUACAAUUGAUGAUGACGAGGAGGAGGAUGUUCUGAAGCUUCGUCUGGAGGCUCUGCAGUCGAAGCAAGAGAUUAAGAGUGAGCUACAGGGGAUUCUGCCGGGAAAAGAGGGUCAGGGAGAGGUGGAGGAGGAGUCUGAGGAGCAAGAACUGAGACUAAUUGCUCUAAAAUCGGCCAUUGUGAAGAAGCACGAGGCCAGGAAGAAGCGCAAAACGGAAGAAGAUGGUCCGUAUUCUCCCACGGAUGACCUGGACUGUGUCAUGGUGAAUUCUCCAGCGAAAGCUGAUGAAUGCAGCAUGGACAUCAGUCCACUGGAUUCUCCAGCAAUACCACCGGAAAAUCCCGUGGUAGUCGACAUGGAGAUCUCAAAUGAUGCUCCUGGGCAGGAAGCCAAAUUGGAAGAGGAAAAUGUGGAAUCAGAAGACGAAAUGGCACUGAGAAAUCUCCUCCUGUCCACAGUUAAGAAGCCUCCGGAACCAGAAAAGCCCCUAGAGUCGCCAAUGGAAGUGAGUCUGGAGGAGGAUUGUCUACGAAGUCUCCUGCUGUCCACAAUGAAAAAAUCCAAGAAGGAAGAGCCCUCCGAACCGCAAAAAUCUCCGCCCAUCCCAGAAAUUGUGCCAUUGGAGAGAGUUAAGAAGACUGUGGAGCGAAAGUCCCAAAUGGUCACAGAUCUUCCGGCAAUUAAAGUCUCACCAUUAGUCAUAAGUCUCCGGGAGAGUGACUCAGACAGCGAUGAAUGGCUGGCAGAUGGUCCAGAAACGGCAGAAUUGGAAGUAGAUAACAAAAGUCCAGCGAGUUUAGUCAUGGACAGUCCAUGUGAUUCUCCAGCUAGUCCUCAAGUGCCUCCUCCAGCUCAGUCCCAAGAAGCCAAGAAAGGGCCCACAAAGGGCUUCCAGGAAAAACUGGAUCUCUUCCUGAAGCAAGCCAGGAGCACGGUGGAAAAGCAAAAAGUGCCAACACCAAAGACUCAAGUCAUUAAACUUCCCAAAACUCCGCUAGCUCUCUCGCAUCUUCCUGCAUCGUCGCAGCUGGAAUAUCGACGUCUCGUGGCACGAAUGAAUCAUCUGGAGAGGCAGAAGAAACGUCAGUUGGAACAGAAAAAUCUUCCAGCAGCCAAAAGGAGCUCCGCGGGAAGUGAUGCUGCCGACAAGGCCAUUUUAAAAACGUCCAAUAACAUUAAGAUUGUUGUACAGAAUAAUGUUGAGGAGGCGAAAAAUGAAGCAGCUGAGCUGACAGUUGUGAUGAGGAAGGAUGAGCCAUUGCGAAAGAAGGUUCUGAUGAAGAGUGCUCAGUCAAUUGGUGUCAGAAAUGGUAUUAAAUCGCCUGAAAAAGGGGCUAAGAGGAAAGUUCCAGUGUCAAAUUCGGGGCCACAUGAAGAGGAAGCAGUUCUGGAAAGGCUCCUCAAGAGGAUCUCCAAGAUGCCCGAUCAGAAGAAGCACAAAGCUCUUGAGGUCUAUGAGAAGCACUUUUCAAAAACUAGUGCAACCUUUCUCGAGGGCCUGGACAGUCUGUUGGUGAUGGUAAAGAGGGUCCAGAGUGAAAAGAUUGAGCAGUAUCGCCUUCAGGAUGAACUGACGCGACUUAAGAAGCAAGUGAAGCUUGUGGAGGAUUCUCUGGCGCAACAGAAGACAGUUGUGCAGAGACUAACGCCAAAAAUGACCUUUCAGCACAAAAAUAUCCUCAAAUACCGUAACAAAUGUGUAUCACUCAACAAAAUGUGCCUGAAAUUGGGUCAAAUUGUCGUUGGGACGAAGUAUCGACUUCCGAGUGACACAAAAAGGAAACUAAUGGAGAAAUUUCAAGCAUUGGCUGUGGAGACAAAGCGUCUCAAGGAGAUUCAAGUAACGGAUGGCUCAAAGGUUUCCCAGGAUGACCAGGGAAAUUCCAACGAGGUCACAAUUGACGAGAAUCAGCAGAAUGAUGUGACAUCGAGUGAACAAUCUCUUACAGCGGGAAAUUCGCAAAAUACUUACAAGUCUCCGCUGGAUCACAUGAAUUCCCAUCCAACUGCCAAUCCGGACGCCGUGGUUUGUCCGUUUGAUCUCAUGGGCAAGUGUGAAGAUUCAGAGUGCCAUUACAGUCAUUUGAUGAUGCACAAGAAGCCAGAUAGCAAGAGAGAGGUAAGUGACUUUUGACCAAUCUUUAGAACCACAAAAUCACAACAAAAUGCACAGAUUAAAAAAAAACCAUGAUAAUUUGGACCUGGAGGAAUAAGAAAAAAAAACAAAUUCCAAAAAAUAUUCCGUGAAUUUUUUUUUUUUUUACAAAGAUGAGCUUUUUUUCUUGUGUGAAGAUCGUACAAAAAAUUCAAAGUUUUUCCUUAUUUUUUUCUUAAGAUAUUAAUAGAUUUUAUGUAAUAUUUUUGGGAUAGUUGAGAUGGGGUAUUUUUCAAGAGAGAAAACGACCAUUGUUACCAAAAAAAAAGAAAGAAAAUUUAAGAAUAAAGAGAUGAAUUGAAAAAAA